UUGGCCGCCCGGCCUGGCUCCCAGUCCACACAUGUGCGUGCGUGCGUCUGUGUGUGUGUGAGAGCCUUUGCUCUCUUCUUCCUGUGCCCACGGCUGCAGCGGCUGGAGCCGAGGAGGUGAAGAGUUGGUUUGAGGCCCAGGAAGGGCAGGAGGGACAAAAUCAGCCUCUCCUAAGAGCUUCACCUCCUUUUGCCUGCACUCCAUAUUUCUGGGCAAGAAAAGGCAAACUCUCCCCAGAUGAAGAGGACUUACCUGUUUGUCAUGGGGGUCUACCUGCUGUCCUACUGCAGGGCCGAAGAGGGGCUGAACUUCCCCACGUACGAUGGCAAGGACCGCGUGGUGAGUCUUACUGAGAAGAACUUCAAGCAGGUCUUGAAGAAAUACGACCUGCUCUGCCUCUAUUACCAUGAGCCCGUGUCUUCAGAUAAGAUUGCCCAGAAACAGUUCCAGAUGAAAGAAAUCGUGCUGGAGCUCGUGGCCCAAAUCCUGGAACAUAAAGACAUAGGCUUUGUGAUGGUCGAUUCCAAGAAAGAAGCCAAGUUGGCCAAGAAACUGGGUUUUACUGAAGAAGGAAGCCUCUACAUUCUGAAGGGCGAUCGUACAAUUGAGUUUGAUGGCGAGUUUGCAGCUGAUGUCCUGGUGGAGUUUCUCUUAGACCUCAUUGAAGAUCCAGUGGAGGUCAUCAGCAACAAACUGGAAGUCCAAGCCUUUGAACGCAUUGAGGACCAGAUCAAACUCAUUGGCUUUUUCAAGAGCGAGGACUCAGAAUAUUACAAGGCUUUUGAAGAGGCAGCUGAACAUUUUCAGCCUUACAUCAAAUUUUUCGCAACCUUUGACAAAGGGGUGGCAAAGAAAUUGUCCUUGAAGAUGAAUGAGGUUGACUUCUACGAGCCAUUUAUGGAAGAGCCUGUCGCCAUCCCUGACAAACCUUACACAGAAGAAGAGCUCGUGGAGUUUGUAAAGGAGCACCAAAGACCCACCUUACGUCGCCUGCGCCCAGAAGAUAUGUUUGAAACAUGGGAAGACGAUUUGAACGGGAUCCACAUCGUGGCCUUUGCAGAGAAGAGCGACCCAGAUGGCUACGAGUUCCUGGAGAUCCUGAAGCAGGUGGCCCGGGACAACACCGACAACCCCGACCUGAGCAUCGUGUGGAUCGACCCGGACGACUUUCCUCUGCUCGUUGCCUAUUGGGAAAAGACUUUCAAGAUUGACCUAUUCAAGCCGCAGAUUGGGGUGGUGAAUGUGACGGAUGCUGACAGUGUCUGGAUGGACAUUCCAGAUGACGAUGACCUGCCCACUGCCGAGGAGCUGGAAGACUGGAUCGAGGAUGUGCUUUCUGGGAAGAUAAACACUGAGGAUGACGACAUUGAGGAUGACGACGAUGACGAUGACGACGAUGACGACGACGACGACGACGACGACAAUUCUGAUGAGGAGGAUAAUGACGACAGCGACGAUGAUGAUGAGUAGUCCCGAGUCCCCCUGGCUUUGAUGACAACAGAACCGCAGCUGCCCACUUCCACGCUGACAGCGCACGCGGCAGCAGGCCACGCCGGCCCACGCCAGCCCGCCUGCUCUCCUUGCCCGACGCCUCUCUGCCCACUCCCUCCUCAUCAGGAGCUGUAUGAUCCAGCAAAUGCCUUUCGAAGUCGUCAUCCCACUCAGCAGGGACACGUGGGGAAUUAUCCCCUGGCUGACGGUCUUGACUGUCACGGAAAAUCUCUUGUUCGUUGUCCGACCCUCAGCGGUCACGGCAGUGCCGGAAUCUGGCAGUCGGGGGAGAACUAUCGCCCAACACCCCUCCUCAAGUUUGCGUGUCGCCUUUGACUCCGACAGCCACAGAACGGACAGCCUGCGAACUCCCAAGCAGGGAGUGACCUUGCUAUCAUCAGAGCCCAGGGAAGACACCCAGUGAAUCCCCAUAGCCCUGCCUAGGACAUCAGUUACGAUCCCUCUUACGGAAGGCUCAGGCUUGGAGACAAGUUUAUCCGUCAGCUUCUCUUGGCUCUCUGAAACUGAUUAUCUGAAGCGCAGUCCAGACCGUUAUGAAUGCAGAUCCAAGCCUUUGGAUGGCGACUGAGAGGACUUGAUGCCAAUAGAUGUCAUCGUCAUUUCUAGAUGUUAGGACACUGGGAUAGAAGGUCGAUUUGCUCUCUGAACUUCGCUUUAGGUGACGAGUCUCACGUAUGCACCUGGGAGCGGGGAGAACUGAAAGAAUGAAAGGGUUUUAUUUUUUCUGACGGGAUCACAUCCCUGACUGGGUCAGCUGGCUUCGGAGCCUGAGCUCAGCCUCGGAAGGCCCUCCUCUGCCUUCCCGUUUGGAGUGAAUCCAGAGGCUGGUCUAUGCGGGUGUCAAUUAACUCUCUGCUCAUCAGCACUCCCAGAGUUGAGCAGGACAACCAUAAACAGAGUUCUCAGUGGUGCCUCAGGCACUGAAGAAAACCACCCCAAGUGCCUUCCGAACUCUCUGAAAAUUACAUUGUGCUCAGUAGUGUUAGCAUUAAGUGUGAAUUAUAAUGUUUUAAUUUAUUUUCUCAACCUUUUAACAUAUGUAAGACACCACAAAUUCUUUGAAAAUAGGGCAGUCCUUUUAUGGAAUACUAGCUAACUAAUGCAUUAAAGUCAUAUUUUGAAAACAGU